AAAUAUAAUAGUAAAGUAAUAUCUAUAUAAACUAAAAUAAAUCCUAGAAAAGUUUUAGUUAACUUUAUAACUAACUAAUGAUUUGCAGUGAAUACUCGUAUUAAUUCUUCAAGCCCCAUCUUGUAAAAUCUGGCAAGCAGCGUGCCAAAUUAAUCUACUCGUACUUGCUCUUCUGCGACCUUCCCUCCCUUGAGUCUCCUGCAUCCAUGCAGCUCAAUUAAUUUCUUACUUAAUUAAUGUCAGAGCGUAGAGUGUAGAGUGUGGAGUGGGGAGUGCAGAGUACAAGUGAGAGACACAAAACAAACGCAUACAAAGUGUCCAAAAAUUGUCAAUGUGGCAGACGCCAACACAUAUGUGUACUUUUGGAUCUCUGUGUGAGCUCAGGCGUCGCAUCUGGUCAAAACAUCGUACCAACAUUAGCAUCAACAACAUCAACCCGGAAGUGCAAAGUCAUAGUCGGAGUCGGAGUUGGAGUACCUGCAACACGUCCAAAAUGUUGCCAUCAAAUUCCGCAGUCACCGUCACGAGAACAACCACAACUACAACAACAAUAACAACGAGAUCUAUGACAACCAUGGAAGGAAUAGACACAACGCGUAGGAGUCCGAAUCGGACUCGGAGUGAGAUAUGGAGUCGGUGUCGGAGUCGUUCCUUCUGGCCCAGCUUCUUUAAAAUAAGCUUGCUGCACUUUCUUCUGCUGUUGUGCACUUUGUUUGAUGCCGCCCAGGCGACACUGCGCAAUGUCAACCUGCUCAUUGAACCACCAGCGGUGCGACGAGGCCAGUCGGUGGUGCUACGUUGUGAAUAUCAGCUGGAUGGUGCACCGCUUUAUUCGAUUAAGUUCUAUCGCGGACAGUUGGAGUUUUAUCGCUUCACUCCGGGAGAAUAUCCCCACACCAAGGUCUUUCAAUAUCCCGGCAUCAAAGUGGAUGAAAGCAGUUCUAAUGCAACCCUGGUGCUGAUACGCAAUGUUAGCUUUGGCCUUUCCGGUAAUUUUAGCUGCGAAGUAACCGCCGAUGCACCGUUAUAUUCUACAGCCACCGCUUAUGCGCAAAUGCAAGUUGUGGAAUUUCCGGAGAAACGACCGCAACUCUUUACGGAAAACACUCGGUACGAGCCAGGUGAUGUUUUGAGGGCCAAUUGCAGUACACCACCGUCAAGACCCCGCGCCGAACUGCGCUUCACCAUCAACCAUAUGCCGGUGGCCAGCGAGGAAACACAAUAUAUUCGCACUGUUGACAACCUCAUCGCUUCCAGACUGAGCCUCAAACUGCAAUUACAGGCGGUGCACUUUGUGGCUAGUACCACCGCCAUCAGCACCACUCACACAGCGGCCAAUGGAAAUAUCAAUGGAAAUGGGCGAGCAGCUAAUGUGCAGAUGACAAAUGCAUUGGGCAAUGUUCGAGGUGGACUCAUGCUACGGUGCACGGCUCAAAUUGGUGAUUUAUAUCAGGAGUAUAAGGAAAUCGAAUUGGGCACUCCACAAAAGGAUCCGGUGCCUGCCAGAGUAACGCUCUCAUCUGACUCUGGAUUGCGAAAUUUCUUGGAAACCUACUUCUACACCUCAGCAGCUGGCAGGUCGGAUAUUAGCCAUAUUGGCAGCAUUUACAUCUGCUGCCUUAUCUGCUUGGUUUGUACUACAAGAAUCGGAAGUUAAACACUGAAAAUUGAUUACAUUCUAGCCAGUACUCGUAUUGCAUAUAUAGUAGUACAGCUUAAACAUGAAAUGUGUAUAGCAUAGAUAAUGGCUUAGAUGUGUAGGACUUGCAUUUAACUUAGCGCCGGAUAAAACUGCAGAUACUCAUAUGCGAGUAGUCGUAUCUCUUCUCAACUAAAUAACACUAUACUAUAUAAAUAAUGCAUUUCAUGUUGUACGCGUACGCAUCAACAUAAUGUUAAAAUAAAACGAUUACGAUUUUGUAAA